AAAGCAGAUCCACAAACAGCAAGAGAGAGAGAGAAAAAAAGACCCGUCGUUUAACACUGGGGCGAUAACAGUUACAGCACCCGUAUCGGUAUCCCCGAUUCCGGAUUAGUUCACUCAUAACUAGCCUAAACGAUCCAGUGCUCCGCUGGCGACAGGGGCUGAAGUUAUUGUUUGUUGUCUUCAUAAACAUCAGGCUUGUGUAAGGGCACGGGUAGUAGCAAUCUAGCUCACAGGCUACACCACAGCACCAAUACAGACUGAUAUUCGCUAGAUCUCCUGCUUUAUACACCAGCUGUGACACUAUGACAUCAAGGAAGAAAGUUCUUCUGAAGGUGAUCAUCCUUGGAGACUCCGGGGUUGGGAAGACAUCUCUGAUGAACCAGUAUGUGAAUAAGAAGUUCAGUAACCAGUACAAAGCUACUAUAGGAGCAGAUUUCCUGACAAAAGAAGUGAUGGUUGAUGACCGACUUGUCACAAUGCAGAUAUGGGAUACAGCAGGUCAAGAGCGGUUCCAGUCUCUGGGUGUGGCUUUCUACCGCGGCGCCGACUGCUGUGUGCUGGUGUUCGACGUCACUGCCCCAAACACCUUCAAGACACUGGACAGCUGGAGGGACGAGUUCCUGAUCCAGGCCAGCCCACGUGACCCAGAGAACUUCCCCUUCGUGGUGCUGGGCAACAAAAUCGAUCUGGAGAAUAGGCAGGUAACAACCAAGCGGGCACAGGCUUGGUGUCAGAGUAAGAACAACAUCCCGUACUUUGAGACCAGUGCAAAGGAGGCCAUCAAUGUAGAGCAGGCUUUCCAGACCAUCGCGCGCAAUGCACUCAAACAGGAAACCGAAGUGGAGUUAUACAACGAGUUCCCCGAGCCAAUUAAGCUAGACCGGAACGAUAGAGCCAAGCCAUCAGCAGAGACUUGUAGCUGCUGAGGACCUCCAGGGGGCACAGCGUUUCACCCUCAGCCUCUCUGGCCUUGUCUCUGCCUCACUCCCUCUCUCUCAUGCGUUCUUUCUUUCACCCGAUCUUCAUCUCCUCCCCUCCCCUUAACUCUAUAAUCACUGGCCUUUGUAGAUGAGCAGACUUCCUCUCAUUCAGUAUACUACACAGUUCGCAUUCACAGCCUUAGUCACGACACAACACACACACCCACAUAUGCUCAAGAGGCUCAAUCUGACACCCGUUUUCGUACACAAAUCUCGACACCUCGCACCGGUUCUGCAGAACUGUCGCCUCACCCACAUAAAAAGUCCUACUGGAACUCUUCACAACACUUGAAUGGCUCUUGAGAUUUUUUUUUUUUUUAUAUGAUCCAGUCCUGCAGUGCAGUUGUAAUACAUGUGACGUGAAACGCUGAAAGAUGGGGGGUGUAUCAGAGGUGUACGUUGGUACCAGAACUACCCGUCAUGUUCAACUGCUUCAUCAUUCUGCUUGAAAUAAAAUGGCGGCCUGACGUAAAGCAUGCUACAUUUGCAUCUUAAACUCGUGAACCCAAAAACGCUCCUCAGUUUGUGUAGUCCCGAAGCACUGGAGGUCUAACACUGCCCCCGCUGUUACAGCUGAGAGCUGCAGUCAAUUAAUCUAGUGUACGCCCAAUCACUGUCCUCAAAAUGGAACACAAAAACACGAAUAGCAAACCAUGCGAUGGGGAAAUUUAGAUAUUACAUCUAAAUGAUCUACAAUUCAUACUAUUAUGACAAUUAGUAUUUCUUUAUAUUUUUUAUAUCGUCGAUCCUCAUGUCAGCAUGACCGAAUCACCGCGAGUCUGCCGUGAACAAGUAGUGGCGUAGGCCAUCUCUUGUCGUUUUUGUUUUUUCUAUUCUUUCAUAUCUUGCCCAGACUCUACCAGUAGCUCAGGAUGGUAGAGAAUUCAAGUGCUCAGUAUCACUCGGAUCUUUUCCUGUCUGUAUGUUCAUUAUUAUUAUUGUAAUUAUUUUUAUUAUUAUCUGUGUUGCAUUAUAUACAAAUAAACACAUCUAGACAACAUUGGGGGAAAACUGAAUUGUUCAUGGCAUUUAAUGAAACAAAAUGCACAGCGUAUACAUUGUUCAAGAUAAAUGUAUUUCAAAGUAAUGGAAAUAAAAUUAAGUUGUUGAAUAAAACUGCUGUACAUUGUGUGUUUGCUGUACACUUAUUGAGAAGUGACAACUGGGACAAUUUGAAAUGAAUGAAUUAAAUGUGUCCACAAAUCAACUAUUAUAAAUUACAUGAAUGUUUAUUUUCAUCAUCUAAUUAUGAAGAAAGAACAAUGUCAAAUGCACACUACUGCACACUGAAUACUUGGCAAAUUAGCGCUUAACUGUCUUAAAGAAACUCACCCAAAAAUGUAAGUUUGCUGAAACUGUACUCACCCUGAGGCCAUCCAAGAUGCAGAUGACUUUGUUCUUCAUCGAAAGAAGAGAUCUGGAGAAAUUUAGCAUUAAAUCACUUGCUCUUUUGCAGUGAAUGGGUGCCGUCAGAAUGAGUCCAAACAGCUGAUAAAAACAUCACAAUAAUCCACAAGUAAUCGUUUCACAAAGUAAGCACCUUUCACAAGCGAAAACAGUCCAAAACGGUUAUAAAGAAUUAUGUUGAAGGAUUCUGAAAUGAGAGAAUAAAUGGAGAUUUUUCACUGGAGAAAGCAUUAUUAUGGAAUAUGGACUCGUAUUUUGGCCGGAAGCGACAG